AUGGCGUUUAUGUAUCCGUUCCAUGCACCAUCGCUUCCGACAAAAUGGGACGAUCCGCUGUGGGUACAUGAAGUCUACCCCUCAAUGGAGCACUCUCUGCUGGCCACACUUGAUCAAAAGAGGAUGAAUCAGCGUGCCAAGGAUGAAAUGAGAUACAUCAACGAUGGAUCAUGUGGCCUUCGAGCUGAUGAUAUGGACGAAGAAGAGGAAGACAGUGGAGAUGAUCACUAA